CCCCCCCCCGCCCUGAGUUUAUCUGUCGGCAUGAGUGGACCGGUAGUUUUCCGCACGUGCGUGGCGCUCUUAGUUUUGGUGAGCGCGGGAGCGCUGGCGAGAGCUCAGGUCUCCACGGUCAGAGUCAUAAGGGCCAACAUCAGGAGAGAUGACUUGUACCGAAAAGGGGACAACAUCAGCGUUACACCGCUGGGCGGAGUCAUCCACAGCCCACGCUUCCCCAACUCGUACCCGCGCAAUCUGCUGCUGUCGUGGACGCUGGUGUCGCCGCCGGGAAGCAGGAUACACUUGGAAUUCGAUGGGCACUUUGGCCUCGAGGAGGCGGAGAACAAUGUGUGCAGGUAUGACUUUGUGGAAGUGGAGGACCAAUCAGAGUCCAGCACAAUAGUUUGGGGCCGCUGGUGUGGCCACAAAGCACCGCCCAGUCUCAACUCCAAGUCCAACGUCCUCAAAAUAACCUUUAAGUCCGACGAUUACUUUGUCGCAAAGCCGGGAUUCAAACUUUACUAUUCAUUCCUGGCUGAGACGCCUUUGCCUGCAUCCCAAACCAACUGGGAGGCCGUCACCAUGUCGGACAGCCGUCGUCUGGGCCCGGCAGCAGUCACAGAGGUUCCCCUCUCAUUAGACGACCUGGAUCGAACCAUCGCCGCCUUUGACACCGUGGAGCAGCUUCUCAGAUCGUUGAACCCAGACACCUGGAAACAGGACCUGGACAGCAUCUACACGCAAACGCACGUUCAUUAUAGAUCCAGGGCUUAUCAUCUGGCAAGCAGGCACAACAAAGUCGACCUCGACCGCCUCUACGACGACGUCAAGCGCUACAGCUGCACCCCGCGCAACUACUCGGUGAACCUGCGCGAGGAGCUGAGGGCCACCAACGCCGUCUUCUUCCCCCGCUGCAUGCUGGUCCGGCGCUGCGGCGGCAACUGCGGCUGCGGCACCAGCAACUGGAACGGCGGCUGCAGCUGUCGGCCCUCCAAGACCGCGACGAAACUACACGAGGUGCUCAAGUACGCCCCGGAGAGCGCCGUGCGCCGGCGCCAUCGCAGGACAAGGCUCCGCUGGGUCAUCGACGAGAUUUUCCUCACCCACCACGACAAGUGUGAAUGCGUCUGUCCCUCCCAGCCUCCUCGCUGAAAAACAAAAAACCAAAACAAAACAAACAAAACAGAAAAAAAAACGAUAACUGUCAUCGACGCCUACUGCCAUUUUGCCGUGAACUUUUUUUUUUUUUUUUUUUUAAUGCUACCAGCUGCGCAGUAAAUGCAGCAGAAAUAAUUUGACGGGACGACGCGCAAACCUUUCCUGUUAUGUAACAAUAAGCACGUAAAACUUACAAUAACGCGCUAUGCAAAUGCCUUGCAUGAGUUGAGUGCAUCUUCAGAUGUCUUUUCAGCCGCUGGCAACGAAGGAAGGAAGGAAGGAAGGAGGAGAGGACGGGAUGGGGACGGGGAGGGGGGCGCUGUGAAUCCGAGAUGACGGACAUCUGUACCUAAAGACUAAAAAAAAAACACAUUAUUCUGAAAAAUGUAUUCCCCCAACGCUUGUGCUAUUCCGCAAAGCUCGUCUUUGUUUUGCACACAUUCCAGGCAGCAGGAAUCCCAGCAUCGCGUUGUACUUUGUCUGUACUCUGUUCCCUCCCCUUUUGUCCCCCCCCCUUACCGUCUCCUUACACACCACAAAUCCUUUCGCAUCGCUCACUCCCGAACCCGUCAAGAGGAGAUGUCGGCACGGGCUGCCGCGCUCUGCCCGGUUUUCUGAGCUUUUCCGGUGCAUUCCGGCCGCUAACCGUGAAUUCUGCUAACGUCGAUAAAACUUUGCACAUCACCCCCCCCAAAAAAAAACAAAAACAAAAAAAAAACAUCACGGAUCAGAGGGGGGGGGGGGGAGCGAGGGGGUGAGAGAGAAGAAAUCGGUCAGAUAGAACCCUGGCAGAUGCUUGCAAAAAAAUUUUAUUCAUGACUUACCAGUGCCCGGUUGUUAGCACGGCGGCGCUAACGUUAGCGCUAGCAUUAAACUCUCCGUUUCUUUGUAAAUAUCCUGUGCUUCGAUGUGGGCACUUGCGGCUUUUACACAGCUGCGGCGUAUGUACGUACCAAAUGGUAUUUCCUUCACAAAUGUACCGGUUGAGGCUCUGUCGGCGGGAAUUACGGCGGCUGCUGAACUGACUCUUUAGCCAUCGGAUCGAACUCGCGAUGUCAAAUGUUUUGGGCGGCCUUUGCGCAAGGCCAAGUUAGAAAGGCCACAACGGAAGAAGAAAUCGCUCAUUUAAAAAAAAAAAAAACAAGAAAAAGACUUUGGAAGGCGAUCGCAGGACGUCUUGACCGUAGUACACACCAGUAUCGAAACUGAGAGGCCCCGUAGCUCAGUGGUUAGCGCAUCGGUUUGGUAAAGUGAGUUCGAAUCUCACCGGGGCGUUAGAAAGGGCAUCCGGUGUAAAAACCGUGUCAAACAAAUAUGAGCGUUCAUGUGAGAUGUCACGCUAAUCGAAAGAAACGGCGGAUAAUCUCUGGUCAUUUGCUCGAAUUCAAGUCAACGCUUUUGUCGCUCGCACGCCGGAUGUUCAUCAGGUCACCCGCUUUCGCUAAGCGUUCAGCUUCUAAUCCCAACAAUAUUUGCUCGCGUGUUUCGCGUCCCUCAUUCUCGCGCACACCAAAGCCGCUUUCGAUAAAUAAAAGAAUCCGACGGCUGGCGGCCGUUAGCGUCACGUUUUGCAUCACUUAUACCGCGUCGGCGCCGCUUUCACCCUGAAUGCGAGAACGUUAGUCGAGAUGUUCAGACAUAUUUUCUUUUUUUUUUUUUUGUCUUUUGUGACUCACACAACGAACGUCAGCGCUUAUCCAAAAAAAAAAAAAAAGUGUUGCAUUUGCUGUCUUUGGAAUAUUCCUGACAAAACUGUAGGCUUUAAUUUAUUGUCUUUCUCGGUUGUUUUGUUUGCAGCUGGAUGGUUUUGAUAAAUAAAAG